GGUGCUCAACUGAACGCACUUGUAUGUAUCACUCGGACUGCAUUCUUCCUUUCACAUUAAAAAAUAAAAGAAAACACAAAUUAAUUUUUCUCAUUAUUGUUCAUAAAAAGUCUUAAUUUUGCAUUCAACAAACGCAACAAUUGCAUCUAAAUCAAAAUAAUGAACUCAAUAAUGGAUAUACCCAAUUAAGUGGCUCACAAUUUUUACUUCAAAGUGGUCUUAUCGAGACUAUACUAUGUGGAUUAUGUGCGGGUGUGUUGACCAAAGUGACUAGGCAUUGGCUCGUGUGAUUGCUAAUUACUGCAUAGAAAAAAGAGGAAAAUAAAUUACACUAAUUCCUUCUUAAUGGCGAAUUCUAUUUUCUAAAUAAUCUAUCUAAUCGGUGCACCAACAAAGAAAAUAAAAUCGUUGCUUUUGUUCCAAUCCAAGUGUAUACUCUCGAUUUCAUGAUCUUUUCUUCUUCUGUUGCACUUUCGCACCUCUCAAACUCAGCCCAACUAUCGACAUCGACGACUUUUAGCAGGCUCGUUUUUGUCGUUGUCGUUGUCGUUGCCGUUGUCGUUUCAUUCCUCCUCCCUCUGCCGUUUCCGUCUCCGAAUCCCCGUCCAAGUACGAGGGUGUAGUACAAUAUCGCAUUGAACACAACAACAACAACACAUAAAGAAGAAAAAAAAAUCACAAAGAACUACCACUCUGUCGCCGCCGCCCGCCGCCUGCCGUCAGCAGCCACUCUCCAGUUCUCCACUCCAUACAACCCACCACCAUCACGUUCGCCCAACAACAACAACAACAGGAACAACAACUUCAACAAAAAUAACAAACUAAAGAAAAUAAUUUACAAAAAAAAAUAAAAGCAAAGCAAUAAUGCGCGAAUUCAAAGUUGUGGUGUUGGGCUCCGGGGGUGUGGGCAAAUCCGCCCUCACAGUGCAAUUUGUGUCGGGCUGCUUCAUCGAGAAGUACGACCCCACCAUCGAGGAUUUUUACCGCAAGGAAAUUGAAGUCGAUAAUUCACCAUGCGUCCUCGAGAUCCUCGACACCGCAGGCACAGAGCAAUUCGCUUCGAUGCGGGAUCUCUACAUAAAGAACGGCCACGGCUUCAUUGUGAUGUACUCGCUGACCAAUCACCAGACCUUCCAGGAUAUAUCCAGCAUGAAGAAUGUCAUCAAUCGCGUCAAGGGCAGUCAGCCCGCCCCCAUUCUCCUAGUCGCUAACAAAUUUGAUCUAGACUGCCAAAGAGAGGUCUCCACAGCUGAAGGCAAUGCUUUGGCCCAACAAUGGGAAUGUCCCUUUAUCGAGGCAUCGGCAAAGGAUCGAAUCAAUGUCAACGAAGUGUUUGCAACAAUUGUAAGAGAAAUGAAUAUUUCUUCAGAGAAAAGACAGAAAAAAAGUGAUUGGUGUUGCACGCUCUUAUAGCGAAUAUUAUUUUAAACAAAAGCAAUUUAUUAAUCAAAACAAAAACAAAAAAAAUUAAAUAAUCAUUUACGUGCAAGUGAACUAAAAAACAGAAAAAAAAACAAAAAAAAAAUAAAAAAAACUUAAUCCAAAAUAAAGGACAAAUAACAAACAAAAAAAAAGCAAAAAAAAUAAAAAUAAAACAGUACUUUUAUAUAAAUUAAUGUAUAAUUUUUUAUAUAUUGAACUUAAAAUUCUAUACAUAUUAUAUACAUGUUUAGCUGAUAAAUCGAGAACGAUAAUGGGAAGCAUUAAGCAUUUUUUAAUGUUCAUUGAAACGAAGAAAUAUUAAGAGCAUUUUCUCCUUAUCCUUAUCCUCAUUCCCUUAUCCUUAUUACCUUGUUCCUCUUCCUUUGCAUCUUCCUUGUCUAUCAACCCCAAUUAGCAACGCAAUCCCAAUCCCAAUUAAAUGUCCACUAAUGAAGAACGUACCCAUCUUAAUCAUCAUCCCUCUAACACCUAGUUCCCUCUUCUAGAUGUAUAAACAACAACAACAACAACACACGAUAUGCAUAUAUAUUAUUAUAAAAAUUUAAAAAAAAAAGCAUGUGGUAAAAUUAAAACAAACAAAAAUAAUUAUGUAAUGAUAUCUGAGUGGCAAAUAAGAAAAUAAAAAAUUAAAAAGAAACUAAUGUACGUUGUGUGCUGGUCUACAGGAAAAUUAAACAAAACAAAAAAUUACUACAUUUUUCUUUUAAUUUAAUUAUUUUUUUCUUGGAAAGAAAAAAAACUUUCCAAAGCAAAACAAACUUUGUCAAAUUAUGAGAAUUAAAAACAAACGAACCCUUUACAUAAAAAUACUUACAAUAUUAUAUUACCUACAUAUUUUAUAUAAUAAUUAUUAUUUCAAUCUUGCUUAGUUUUUAUUUUUUUUUUCUUCUUAAAAAAGCAAACAAAAUUUGUAUAAUUUAAGAAACUGUAUAGCGCAAAAAAUACCGUUAGUCAAUAAAUUUUCUUUAUGAAAAAUUAAAAAAUA